UGAAGUAGCUGCUGGAGAACAGUACAAGAUUUGCCAGAAAAAUGGAUGAAGACUAUUAUUUAGAUUAUAAUUCCUCAUAUGAAUACCCUCAUGAAACCAACGUCUGUGAAAUGGGUGACUAUUUCACAUUUAACAUCUAUCUCACUGCUGUCCUCUACAUUCUGGUAUUUUUCCUCAGUCUGCUAGGAAACACUUUGGUGUUAUGGAUCCUAUUGAAAUAUGAAAACCUUACAUCUUUAACAAACAUCUUCAUCAUGAAUCUCUGUAUCUCUGAUUUAGUCUUCUCCUGCAUGCUGCCUUUUUGGGUAGUGGACCAGUCCUUUGGAUGGAUUUUUGGUGAGUUCCUUUGCAAAGCAUCAAAUGCUAUUUUCUCCAUUGGCUACUACAGCGGUGUAUUCUUUUUGACUCUCAUGACUAUCCUGAGGUACUUGUUUGUAGUGAACCCCCUUUCAACUCUGAGAUCCCAGACGCAGUGCUGUGGUGUUCUGGUGUCCUUGGCUGUGUGGACUCUUAGCAUCUUAAUUGUGGUUCCUGAGGUGAUUCACACCACAGUGCAAGAAGACUUGGAAGACCACAGGUUCUGUGAUUAUGCCGAUGGGAAUUGGAAAAAAGUGGACAUUUACGUGAGAAAUGUACUCUUCCUGUUUUCCUUUGGAGUCAUCAUAUUCUGUUACUUCAAGAUACUCAAAAUCCUGCUUAGAGCAAGAUCUCGCAGAAAGCACAGAACUGUGAGACUCAUCCUCAUUAUUGUGGUGGCUUUUUUCCUGUGCUGGGCACCCUACAACAUCCUCAGCUUCCUGACUACUUUUCCACCGCCUACCUGUCAGUAUGUGAAAGACUCCAACCUUGCCUUUCACAUCAGCCGUAAAAUUGCUUUCUCCCACUGCUGCCUCAACCCUGUGCUCUAUGUACUUGUUGGAGUCAAAUUCAAGAGGCAUUUGGCACAGUUAUGCAGUCUGUGUUUACACUGCAGCAAUGGUCAACCUUCCAGCCCCAGCACCAGCAAAUUCCAGCCUGAAGGGACAUCCCUCUACUGAAGCAAGACCUAACUAUUAGAGAUUAAUCAUGAAUGAACUUUCAGAUUUUGUAUGCUAUGGAUAGCCUCUAAUUCUUAGAGGCAAUUCCCUGAGAAAGACACACAAAUUUACUCUUUGCAAACAUGAUGUGUAUGGAAGAUAACAAAAUGUAUUUGCAGUGGGAUGAAGAGAUGAGAAUGCCAAGAAAUUACUUUACUGGCUUGAAAGUCUUAAGUUCACAAUUUUUUGAACAGUGAGAUGGAUUUUCUCUCACUUGUACUCUCUUUUGAAAAUAAAAAAAAAUGGCUUUUUCCUUUAGGCAUUAAAACAUAGGUUUUAACAUAAAA